AUAUAGUCACUAUAUUGUUUUAGCGUAUAUUUAUUAAUAACCUAAUAAUAUUUUUGAAGUAGAUUUUUUUUUCUCAAACGAAAGGGCAAAAAUGAAGGUUGACUUUUCUGAACCCAACUAUAUAAAAAAACAAUGCAGUCACGGUAUAAUACAAGUUUUAAUGAAAAGCACGAUAGCGAACGACCUGGUUGCGGAUUUUAAUGUUAUACGCCGGCGUUUUGAUGAAAAAGCGUAUAUAAUAAAAUAAUAAACAAAAUAGAUGCCUUUACUAAAAACUAAAAACGAUCGAGACACCCUUUUCUACUUGCUUUUCCGAAAAAAAAGACAAUGAGAGAGACUUAUUCUCACGGUGUCGCCGAAUCGCGAGGGCUUAUUGGAAUUGAGCGCGCUUAUUGUUGUAAUAAAAAUAUCGCGCGUUUUUUUGCUCUGUAACGAUACAAACGGGACCCACACGUCGUAUAGCGAACCGUAUAAAUUUUUCGGCGCUGCGUAUAAUAACGAUUGUUGAUUCGCUGGUGUGUGAGAGUGCGAGAGAAAGAAAUUAAUUAUGUACUUAGUUAAACGACGGAGAAAAGAGAAGAGAAGCAAACACACGGCAUCGAGUUCUUCCAAAGCAAAAAUAGGUGUAUAGAUAAUACGGGACAUUAAAUAAUGAUGUGUGUGACGCGGAAGUUGUACACGUUUCACUGUGACUAUAUAAUAAACGCGUGUAAGCAGGCUAUUGUAGAGACGAGAUGAUAUCGAGAGGAAAAAGAAAUUGAUGAGAAACAAACACUUGUAAUGAUAACACAUCAUUAUACGCAUACUCACACACUCUUAUGGAAUAUACACUUAGAUGUUAACAAUACAUAUGAGAUAAGCAAUAACGUUUUACUAUAUAUAUUUAACGAUGAUGAAGAAAAGAAAAAAAAAAGAUAAAUAAAUAAAUAAGAAGUUUCGCGUGAUCUAGAGGAAGAAUCGGUUGUGCGAGAAAGGGGGCACGACGUUGAGAUGUUUAAUUUUAUAAAAAAAAUAAUAUAUUCCCCGAGAAUAUACGAUAAUAAUAAUAAUCGCAUGCGUUAUAAUCGCGAAACGGCGUUUCUUGUUAUCGAGUGUGCAGCGAGAGUGAGUUACGUAAUAAUAUGCGAGUGAGAUAUUAUUAUAAACUAUUAUUAUAACAUACACGCUCUAUAUAUACAAUAUAGAUGCUAUACCGGACAUCAGCUGUUUGGGUAUGAUGAUAUACUACACACUCGCGCGCGUCUCUUUCGGAUCAAUUAUAUAUCUAUCUCUAUCUCUAUCCCGAUGCGACUAUACGUGUACAUAGUGCGCGCCUUCGAUUUUGACAAUAAAUUGACCGAAUAUGUAAUAUGCAGAAGUGUGCGUGCGACUAUAUAAUAUACAAGAUAACGCGGUGAAAGUCUUUGGCGCGAAAAUUCAAAAGAACAAAAAAAAAAAAAAUAGAAUAAACGUCAAUUCUCAAACGAACACAAACAAAAUUUUCAUACCAGAGGAGACUUUUACCGCAGGAAGAGAGGCGGGCCCCUUUUCUCGGCUUAGCAAUAAUUCCAUUAGAAACGAGUCUAGUCCUCCCCCUACCCCCCUCCGUGUGCCACCUUUAUGGAUUGUUUCAAGAGCGGAGAAAGAGAGAGAGAGAGAGAGAGAGAGAGAGAGAGAGAGAGAGAGAGAGAGAGAGAGAGACGAGGGGGAUUCCCCGCCUAAUCAAAACGCCGAUCGAUCCUUCAAACGAGCAUAAGGAUGUGUAUCUGGGUUAUACGCUUUGGAAUAAGCAAAAACUUGCUUCUCUCUCUCUCUCUCUCUCUCUCUCUCUCUCUCUCUCUCUUACUCCUGCACCACACACAAGAAUAUGCUCUUGAGCGCAGCGGUGCGUCUCUGUAAAUAUGCGUAUAUUCUUGAGACGAAUGAAGGAUACGAGUACACACAUGCAACAUUUCUAGUCUUUGAACGGCGUCGAGCCGCUCCGUGUAUUAUUAUUGUUAUAAUACAUAUAGGCACACAGAGAUAAAACACAAUAUUGUUGCGUCGCUAAUUAACGCGGGAAAUUCAAAUUUCGACGCGGAUUGUCAUCGAUGCAUCUGAGCAGUAGCCUGUGUGUGUUUGGAGAGGACGCCGACGGCCGCAACUCUAUUACUACUACACAAUACACACUGUAAAUAUUAUAUUAUAAUUAUUAUAUCUUACUAUACGAAAACCAUAUACUUUUAAGAUAACACACAAUACGUACUCGUACAUGUAUAUUUUUUCAAUCUCAUUCCAAUGACGACUGUUUUAUCGCGCGUCUGCGGCCGUGCACGAGAUUAUUAAUUAAUUGAUUAAUUAUCGAUUCAGGAAUUAAACCGAGAGAGUAAGAGAGAGAGAGAGAGAGAGAGAGAGACGGACGGAUCGAUUUUUUGUACAAAAAAAAGGAAGGACAAAAAAGAGCAAAAGGACGAGAGCGAUGGAGAUGAGGAAGGCGGUGUUUCUCGAGUGCGUGGCGAUAUAGGCGAAAAGAAUAAAAAAAUAAUAAUAGCAAAAACACGUAGAAGUCUCUAUAGAUUCGCGAUGUGAUAUAUGCGUGAAUCGUAUUAAACGAUGUAUUAUAUUACAUAUCAAUGAGUCUGCGGUGGCGACGAUGAUUAUUGUUCGCAGACGAGGUGAAAUUUAAGAGGAUUAAGGAUAUUAUUAUUAUUAAAAUAUGAGAAUAAACAAACAAACAAGAAUAAAAAAAAUGAUCUUAGACGACGAGUUAGCGCGUCGCUAUUAGGCUCUUUAUAAUAGCUAGGAGAUCGACGAUGAUUCCACUCGUGUCCUUUUAUUUUUCGUAUAACACGUGCACUAAUUAAGUUUAUUUAUUUAUUUAUUUAUUUAUUUAUUCGCCUUAACUUAUUGAUUUAGUUGUGUAAGAAGUCACGUUUAAAUUAUCUCGAGUUACGAGAAGCUCGAGAACAAAGUGUCAAUAAUUUUAAUGAAAAAAAAAUUGCAAUUAUGUACUGUCGAAGAAGUGAGUGUGAGAGAGAAAGAGCGAAGAAAGUUAACUUAUAUCUACAUAUAGGUACAAUACACACACCAAUAUACUUAUAAUUAUUAUUAUUAUUAUCAUUCUAUAAUUAUAGCAUGCGAAUAUAUAAUUACGUUGUGUAAACGCGGUGGAAGAGCUAAAAGAUCUCAGCCUUAUAAAGUGACAUUAGAUGUUGAAGUAGUCAGAAACUUGUAUGCGUCUUUUAUGUAGUAAAAACGCAGUAUAAAAUUUUUUUUUUAUUUCUCUCCUCAUUACGAAGUAUCAUCGUUAGUGUCAUACAACGAGCGCCUUAACAACAACAACAAAAUAUGCAAACAAACAAAAAAAUAAAUAAAUAAACGAUUUUAACUCUGCAGUUUAUUGAAUUAAUAUACAUACUAAACGAUUAUUAUUAAAAAAAAAAAAAAAAAAAAAAGAAUUGAAAAUAAAUACAACUGAUGGAUCAAUAACGAAAAGUAUAUAUUAUCGAUGCAUUAUAUAUAUUACACGAUAUACAUUAUAUAAUAUGACCAUGACCUUAAGACCAACUAGAAGUACCUUAGAGUUAUUAUAUAUCAACGACGAUACGAGUAUUAACAUAAUACGGAAGGCGUUUCCAUUCCGAUUCUCUUAUUCCCUUCCGUUUCUGUUGGUUGGAUUGAAAACAAAACAACAACAAAAUUAUAUAUAUAUAAAAUAACGAAUUGUGAUGUUGAAAAAAGCUCGAUAACAAUUACUAUCUGCCUAUUAAAAUUGAAUUACGAUACACUAUCUAUUAUGAAUCCGACCAUCCUCUCCUUUUUAUUUAAUUUAUUUUACUUUAUAUAGUUUCUUGAUUUUUAUAAUUGACAUUAUUUAAUUACACUAUUAUAGAAUUGUUUAUAUAUAAAUAGCUGUAAUUACGAACGUCCCCAUAGAAGAAGUAAAUUUAUAUAAACUGUACAGACUAUAUAUAGUUGCCUUAUACAAUAUUAUCAUUUUCAUUUCGUCUCAAGUAGCAGUACAUUAUACAGAUGUAUAUAUAAUCAGACUAUUAUUCUAUACAAAUAUCUUAGAUACUUUGUGAUUACGAUGAUUUUCAUUUGACGUUGAUACACAAAUAUAAUAAGAAACUAUUUCGUUCCUAUAUACGUUAUAUAUUCUAUGACUAUUAUAUAGUGUAUAUCUACCCAAUUUCAUUUGAACAACCUCUGCACGAUUUGGCUCCAAUUAACGUCCUAUUCAGAGCAGCCAAUAUAGCACAUAGCUGCUUCGGCUAUUCAUCAACGAGAGCAGUUGACCGAGAGGAUGAGCCGAUGAUACACACAUCCUGGAGGACCGAAUGACAUAACGGAGCAGCAGUAGCGGCUUAGAGAGAGAGAGGGACUGAGUGAACGCGAUGGAGAGUCUCGCGCCGCGUAGCGACGAUCUGGUUCAGCAGCGGGCGACCAGCGGCAUCCUCAUCCAGCGCGAGAUCCAGCUGGAGAGCAACAAGGCCAACUCGUCCGACGAUGCGAACAACAGGCGGAAGACCUGGAACGAGUUGCGAGGUGUCGUCAGUGAUCUCCGCAGACGGAUGUCCGGAAUGUCUGCUGGCUCGGUACCUGGAUCCAUUACCUUCAGGUCUUUGCCCGAUGGCAGGAUAAGGAUAUACUUUUUGAGCACUCCGAGCAAUGGCUGGGAGACCACCCUGCUGUACGUGGAUGUGGCUCACUCGGAUCAUGCCAAUGGUUACCGUCUGCAGUGGCAGCCUGUCAUAGAGGCUAACUUUCAAAGUAUUUCCAGUGCCAACCAGUUGUCCAAGGAGGAACAAUUGCUUUGGGAGAGGAAAAGACUGGCUACCUGGGGCAUCACCAGCUACGAGAUCCAUGCGGAUAGUGGAAAAUUAGUCUUUCCAGCUGCUAGUAGCCUGUACCAGUGCGUUGACACCGGCUUCAUGCCUGGACCGCUAUUCCCAUCCGAGCUGAGAAUGUCGACCUCUGGUGCUAAAUUGUGUCCUCAAAUCUGUCCAUGGAACAAUGCCUUAGUUGCUCACACCUGUGCCGGAGAUAUCCACUUGUCUCACAGCAUUACUGGCUCUUCUGUACGUUUGACGCAUGCCAGAAAAGGCGGCAAAAGUUUGGCUGAAGACCCCCUCAGUGCGGGAACUCCAUCCUACGUUAUGCAGGAAGAGUUCACGAGAUACAUUGGUUACUGGUGGCAGCCAAAAUCUCCUGAUGGAAUCUACAGGAUAGUUUACGAGGAGGUGGACGAGAGUGAUGUUAAAAUAUUUUGUUUUCCUUCCUCUGAUAAUUCGCACGACGUUGAUGAAUUUAGAUUUCCGCGAGCUGGCACAAAUAACGCGAGGAGUAAUUUGAAAUUAGUGCAAUUCAGGGUAACCGAGAUGUCGCAAAUCAUCGACGUGGAGACUCUCGAAUUGCAGUACCCGUUGCAUUUUAUGUUCCCUUGGAUGGAGUACAUGGUUAGAGCCGGUUGGAUGCGAGAUGGCCGACAUGUUUGGGUUCAAUUACUGGACAGAAAACAACAGAGGCUGGAACUCGUUUUACUUUCUGUAGAUAACUUUUGUGAACCACCACCUAAUGUUUAUAAUUCAGAAAAUCACUUUUCGCCAUCUUCAGCGAGCGUACAAGUAAUUUAUUCAGAAACAAGCAACAUUUGGAUAAAUGUAAAUGAUUUGCUUUAUUUUCUGCCAUCUGAUGACCCAACAGAAGUCAAGUUCAUUUGGGGUAGCGAGGAGACUAAUUAUAGACACCUGUAUCUUAUUACAUCAAGUAUAGCAUGUUCUGGUAAUGGAGUUGAGGAGUCUUUAGAUCGUAUGGAUAGUUUAUUUUUACAGCCGCGUGUUAUAUCGAAAGUGGCUUUAACACAGGGAGACUGGGAAGUACUUGGCAGAGAAAUAUGGGUCGACGAGGCAAACUCUAUUGUUUAUUUCGUCGGUCUGAGGGAAGGUCCACUGGAACAGCACGUCUACGCUGUAUCUCUACACCGUCCAUUAGAAAUUAGACUGCUCACGAGACCUGGUUACAGUUACAACAAUGUGUACUUCAACAAAGAGUGUACAAUGAUGGUUACUGUUUACAGCUCCAUUAAAACGCUGCCCGCAUGCCAAGUAUUUAGAAUAUCGCAAUCAGAUUGGACGGUGGAAAAUAUAUCGCUUACACCUGUCGGCUAUUUGCUGGAACCGUCCACGCCUGAAUCUGAACUGUUUGCUCCGGAAAUUUUUACGCACAAGAUCGCAUCGGGAGAUACAAUAUACUCAAUGAUUUUUAAACCGCAUAAUUUUAAACCUGGAACAAAGUAUCCCACUAUUCUAAACGUUUAUGGAGGCCCUGAAGUACAAUUAGUAUCUAAUACAUUCAAGGGAAUGAGACAUUUAAGAAUGCAUAUGCUCGCGGCGCAAGGUUACUGCGUAGUUUUGAUCGAUUCGCGGGGUUCUCAUCACAGAGGACUUUCGUUCGAAAGUCAUCUUCAACGAAAAAUGGGUACUGUGGAACUGAACGAUCAAGUCGAGGUGCUCAGAUGGUUGGCAGAAACGUCCGGUUACAUAGAUUUAAAUCGCAUCGCUAUUCACGGAUGGUCCUAUGGUGGAUAUCUAAGUCUCAUGGGACUGAUUCAGUAUCCUGAUGUGUUCAAGGUCGCUAUCGCUGGUGCUCCGGUAACUUCUUGGUACUUUUAUGACACCGGUUAUACAGAGCGGUACAUGGAUCUACCUCAAAACAAUAUUCACGGAUACGUCAACGGCUCUGUGUUAACUUACGUAAACAAAUUCCCCGACGAAGAAAAUCGACUGCUUAUAAUUCACGGGUUAAUCGACGAGAACGUACAUUUCUUUCAUACCAGUCAACUGAUAAAUUCUCUCGUUAAGACUGGAAAGCCAUAUCAGUUGCAAGUCUACCCGAACGAGAGGCACAGUCUCAGGAGUUUAGAUGCUAGCAAACACUACGAGACUACCCUACUCUCAUUUUUACAAAAUCAUCUGUAAAUUUGCUGUAGCUUUACCGAAAUAAUACAUAGGUGAUCAUGAAUUUGUAAGAUGUAUAAUGAAGAAGAGAAUGAAGUUGUUGUUAAAAGCAACGCGAACGACUGCCGGUAUUUUAUGUACAUAGAAUUCGAAUGUUAAAACAUUCAACUGUUAGGUUCGUCCUAUCGCGUUACUACUGUCGAAACGAACGAUUAGUAGCUUCUAAUCCAGACGAGAUUUUUUAAAAGACUAAACAGUAUUACAUACAUAAGUGCAUUUGCAUACACAAUAUUUUAUGCAGAUCUUGCUACAGCAAUGCAAACUUACAAAUUAUGUGCAGCCCCGUGCUGUAACGCUGAUUUAUAAAGACUUGGCAUUGGCCAUGAAGAAUUUCAAAAAACGUCUCAAGAUUUUCUCGUCAACGUCUAAUCAUAUGGUGGUCGAAAAAAAAAGAUUUUAAUUUUCACUUGUAAAUUGUCUAUGAUGAUGGAUAUAGGUCCUAAUUAAUUAUUCUAUCGUUGAAACUUGUAAAAAAUAAGCCCGUUGGUUUUUAAUGACAAUGGACAAUACUCGCAAUCCCUUUGUAUAAUACAUUUACAUAUAGAAAUCGACGACACUAGAGUCAUAUAUGGACUUUUAACGUCUUUUCUCAGUUGUACUUAUUUACAGUUUAUUGUGUAAUCAUGCGCGCGCGCGACUCGAUCAUUUAUAUUAUUCUUUUACUUUUAACUCGGUCUGUGCAUAAUGUAUUGAAAUGCAUAUAAUAUAAUGCAAAUAACAUUUGCUAUUUUUUACAAUAA